AUGGGGUCAAUGGCUUUGGUUCAAGGAUUGAGCAUCAAAUGCGCUCGUGUUGGCGAUGUGGAGAUUCCGAACAACAAGCGAAUCGAGUAUUCGCUGCAGUACAUUCAUGGAGUUGGGAGGAGCAGAGCGCGACAGAUCUUGUGUGAUAUAAGCAUGGAUAACAAAUUGACAAAGGAGCUCACUCAGGAGGAAAUCAUCACUCUCAAGGACGAAGUCUCCAGGUACAUGAUUGAAGGAGACUUGAGACGAUUUAAUGCGAUUGAUAUAAAGAGACUGAAGGACAGUCAGUGCUACAGAGGAAUAAGGCAUAUUCAGGGGCUUCCUUGCAGAGGCCAGCGAACCAAGAACAAUUGUAGGACCUUGAAGGGUAAGAAGGUUGCCAUUGCCGGUGUUGGAAAACUGGGUAUAUGGCACCGGUUUUGA